AUGGGGAUAAGAAAUCAGUCCACAGUGACUGAGUUUUUUCUUUCAGGAUUAACUGACCAACCAGAGCUUCAGCUGCCCCUUUUCUUCCUCUUCUUAGGGAUUUAUAUAGUUACAGUAGUGGGGAAUCUCGGCAUGAUCUCCAUAAUUGGGUUGAGUUCUCAACUUCACAUUCCCAUGUACUAUUUCCUCAGUAGUUUGUCUUUUUUAGAUUUCUGCUAUUCUACUGUCAUUGUCCCCAAAAUGCUGGUAGGGUUUUUAAGCAGAGAUAAAGCAAUCUCCUAUUCUGAAUGUAUGACUCAGUUGUUCUUUUUCUGUAUUUUUGUCAUUUCUGAGUGCUACAUGUUGGCAGCAAUGGCCUAUGAUCGCUAUGUCGCCAUCUGCAGCCCCCUGCUCUACAAUGUCAUCAUGUCCCCGCGGGUCUGUUCUCUGCUGGUGGCUGCUGUCUUCUCAGUAGGCUUCACUGAUGCCAUGAUUCAUGGGGGUUGUAUAUUACGAUUGGACUUCUGUAGCUCCAAUGUCAUUCAACAUUAUUUCUGUGACAUCGUUCCUCUUAUUAAACUCUCCUGUUCCAGCACGUAUAUAGAUGAACUUUUGAUUUUUGUCAUUGGUGGAUUUAACAUGGUAACAACCAGUGUGACAAUCAUCAUUUCAUAUGCUUUCAUCCUCUCCAGCAUCCUCCGCAUCCCAUCUAAAGAGGGCAGGUCCAAAGCUUUCAGCACCUGCAGCUCUCACUUGACAGCUGUUCUUAUAUUUUAUGGAUCUCUCAUGUCCAUGUAUCUCAAACCUACUUCCAGCAGUUCAGCCAUCCAAGAGAAAGUCACCUCUGUAUUUUACACCACCGUGAUUCCCAUGUUGAAUCCCCUAAUAUAUAGCCUCAGGAACAAGGAAGUGAAAAGUGCCUUGAUGAAACUUUUAGAAAGAAAAAUAUCUUCAAAUUAA